GGUCGCCUACCCCGCGUUCUGAUUGGCCGACGCGGAAGCAACGUAAGAGUAAACACGAGAGUCGGCCUUCUAGCACUCGCGAACGCCGAGUCUGCACGUGCCACCGCUGGACAGAUUUCAAAAUGCGUCACGUUUGUGCGUACCUCCUUGCAGCCAUGGGCAGCAAUGCUGCCAAUGCUGCCAAUAUGAAAGCCAUCCUUGCCAGCGUUGGUGUGGAGGCUGAUGAUAAGCAGUUAGAACUUGUCAUCCAGAAGUUUGGUAACAAGAAUAUCGAGAAGGUCAUUGCUGAAGGCUCUGCAUUCCUGGCUGCCAUGGGUGGUGGUGGAGGUGGCGCAGUCGCUGCCAGUGGCUCUGCUGCUCCUGGCGGUGGUGGUGACGCUCCCAAGGCCGAAGAAAAGAAGGAAGAGAAGAAGGAAGAGUCGGAAGAAUCAGAUGAUGACAUGGGCUUCGGUCUUUUCGAUUAAAUACAUUUUACGGGAGUGUU